AUGUCUUCGACGUUGGAUGUGUCGAUUCACCCCCUAGGGGCUGAUUUUCCGCGGGCUACAACUUCUCAUUACACCGAGGCGUCGAGUUUGAUCUCACAGAAAGAUUCCAAUACAGAGACUGAAAGCAAGGAAACGAUAUCCUCUAUACCUCUUCAAAAGUCAAGCCAUCAUGACGCCUCACAAGAAACUCUCAGCCAGCAAGACCCCGAGGAAUUGCCGUCUGGUACAGAGCCAGAAGUCGAUCCUAUUCCCGAUGAUGUCUCAAGACCCGAUAUACCCGACAACGUCAGCGAGACCUCAGAUGGAAGUCUUAUGCCCCGAGACUUCAGACUGUUCCGCGGCGAAGGGAAUUUUAAAUUGGAGACAGUUGCGCGAGAGCUUCAAAGCAUGUCUUUGCAUCAUCUUGAUGCGUCAAGGACAUACCAUCCUAAUAGCGCGGCAACCUACUUCGCCAACCAUCUGAAGAUGAUGAACUGGAUCUCUGAGGUGAUCAAAGACAGUAAUCGACCUCCUCUGGUACCUCCGAGUGAGGUGGAAUAUGAAGAGAGGAAGCGGUACCUUUCCGGGAAAAUCGAGUGCAAAUGGAGGGAGUGGAUGGACUUACCUCAAGAGUACGCGAUUGAGAUCUUGAUAGAGGAAGAGCCUCUAGACAGGGAAUAUUUUCGGAGCAGUCCCGAUAGUCGGUCACAUGCUAAACCCGUCAUUCUACAACCCCGGGACAACGAUAUUAAAGUGAUCCCUUCCAGGAUGUCAAUCAAUUCUUUGGCGGUAAAGAGAGUCCUUAGUGCUCUGUCGAAUGGAGCCCUGGUUCCGAACCAUCCGGCCGACAAUUACACGAUUUACCGCCCUUUCAAGGUUCUCCAAUGGCUUGAGCCCAAGAUCCGCAAAAGAUUGUCGGAGAUCCAGGAACUCUGUCUUAGCUCCAAAGACAGAGACGUAGAGAUUAAACAUCCAAAUGUGUCGACUGAAGCCGAAGUCAGUGAAGAAAUCGAAACGAAGGAUGCAAAGCCAGCAAUAACAAGAGAAACGAGAGACAACAUCAUAUUCAGUUCGGCGUACGAUUGGAAAUCUUUAACCCAAGAUGAACUGCAAGAAGCAUCUGAUGACCUAGGCACUCUUGUGUCUUGCAUUGAUGAGUACAUUCUUCCCUUAGGGAAAGCAGUUGAGGGAUCAGGCGAUGUCCGGGUCCACUACCAAGAACUAUGGCAUGUAUUCAAACCGGGGAGUAUCGUCUAUGUCAAAGAUCCAGCAAUUCCCCAGAAGCUGUGGCGUGUGGUUCAAGGCAAAGGAGGUCAAACACCACAAUACCGGCAACCUGCGACUCAAGCCACUAAUUUACAGCUUGGAGGUGCUUUGAACGACUCGAGGCCUCUCCCUUUUGUGAUAGAAUGCUAUCACAUAGACUUCGAUGGCGUCCAGUUCAUCCGCGUCUUCAAGAACUUUAAGUUCGAGAUGCUCAGAGAUCUGACCAGUAUUCGUUCCCUUCCGAUCAUUCCCUUGAGAAUCGCAGAGCGAGAUGGCUUUGUUGACAUAUCAGGCUGCAAGGAAAAAGGACAAGAUUUCACAUCCUACACAAAAUGGUCCUACAGUUAUUACCGAGGUCAAAGUCUGAUACACGAACCUGAGGGAACUAUUCUACGCCGUCCUGAGAAGGGGGCGAUCACUUCUGCUGUGAUGAUUUCGGAGGCUAUUGAAAGCCCAGUGGUUGUGGAUUUCCAUCGUUGCCUACAAGAAGUUCCAAGUUGGAAGCCCGGAAGAUCGUCCAGAGGCAGUUGGGGCUUGGCCGAGGUUACUGAAGAAAAGAAAGCAUCGCCACCAUAUUCUUCCCCCCCUCCAAUCAUUCCCCCAGGAGUAGACGAUGAUCGAGUAUGGGAUGCUCGAAUCGCGGAGGAAGUUCUCGAAUACACCGAUCAAUCUCAGCCCGUAGAGGUUUACGGCCGAGAGUCUCCUGAAGGAGAUGAGAUCCUCCUGCUUCCUAACAGAGUUUUUGCUUUUGUUCUACGUACACGUCAGUGGGCUUGUAUUCCUCUCGGAUCUGGCUCACUUGAUACCCAGGGACAUAGCCUCACUAGAAUGGGAGAAGACAAGAAGGCAUGGGACUACCUUCAGAUAGACGACAGUCACAGAACCAUAAUCAAGUCUUUGAUGGCAACUCAUUUUCGCAAGAAGAAGUCUGAGCGGCGUCAAUUUGAUAUCAUCCAAGACAAAGGGAAGGGUCUCAUCGUACUAUUGCACGGAGUUCCUGGGGUGGGCAAAACUUCAACUGCUGAAACCGUCGCAGCCUACUACAACAAGCCAUUGUUGCCUAUCACUUGCGGUGACUUGGGGAUGACUCCAACCGAGGUGGAAUCCAAUCUUCAGAAUGCAUUCCAGAUGGCCCAAGCCUGGGAUUGCGUUUUGCUCUUAGACGAAGCUGACGUCUUCCUGGCCGAAAGAAGCCAGGACAACAUUGAGCGAAACGCAUUAGUAUCUGUCUUCCUUCGCGUGAUGGAAUACUACGAAGGAAUUCUCUUUCUCACGACCAACAAGGUUGGCUCCUUUGACGAAGCCUUCAAGUCCCGCAUGUCCAUGGCCUUGUACUAUCCACCCCUCACCCACGAGCAGACCAAGAAGAUAUGGGAAGUGCAAAUGGAUCGUACGGAGAAACUCUCAAUCGCAGCUGCGCCGAUGGACCCGUCGCAACACGUAACAUUCAAGCGCGAUGAGAUCGUAGCUCUUUCUACGACUCUUUGGAACUUGCAAACUCUCAGGGAUGACCACAAGCCAGUUUGGAACGGAAGACAAAUCAGAAACGCCUUCCAAACGGCCGUGGCGCUGGCCGAAUUCCAUCAGCAGGAGAACAAUAUCCCGGGGCCCAUCGUUGUGAAGGGUGAGCAUUUUGAGAAGGUGGCCAAGGUGUCCCAUGAGUUCAACGCGUAUCUCUACUCGGUGAGGCACGAGCGCCUGGAGAACGAACUUGCCCAUAAGAAAGAGCAUCGCUACGACGACUUCAACCGGAAUCAACUUGGCUUCGGUGGACAAGGGCUUGGAGUGCCUCAGCAGGGAGGGUUUCAGCAGGGUUUUGGGAUGCCCGGAGGCUUCCAGAAUCUGCAUCAGUUAGGUAUGAUGGGAAUGGGCAUGCCGAACAUGGGAAUGGCUGGGUCUGGAUUCAAUAAUCUGCAAAAUCAGGGUAAUGCCAUGGCCUCACAGUCCCCGCAGGCCGGCUUCGGUAACAUGAACAACGUUGGCAUGGGCAUGGACAACAUCAACAUGGGCAUGGGUAACGCUGGUCUCGGCAACGUUGGUCUGGGGAGUGCUGGGAGCGGCGGCUCGAACACAGCCAUGGGUGCACAACAAAGUAAUACCAACAACGUAGGUAUUCCUGGCCAAACUUUGGGGGGACAAAUGACUCCCCAACAACAGCAGCAGCUCCAAGAACUUCUUCGGCUCCAGCAACAACAGCAGCAGUAG